AGAUGAAAUACUUUGAGAUGAGGUUAAAAUAUAUGAAAAUUGUGAGUGUUGAAGGUCCACAUCAGUCAGCUGGUGGUCACACCUGCUUCCUUCACUCUUAUUACUGGUGCAUUCUUCUCUACUGCUAGUACCAGGUUUCACUAUGGCAUUAAGUCAGAAGAUUGGACAGUCUCUUCGACAUGUGAGGAGCCGUUUCCUGCAAACGUCAUGUGGACUAAGCAAACAAAUUAAUUAUGCAGAAGAUAUUGAUCCACAGCAGUUUGCACUUCUUGAUGAACCAUGCAUCUUAGUUGAUGAAAAUGACACAAAUAUAGGCUCAGCUUCAAAACGUGACUGUCAUUUGAUGCAGGAUGGAUCAAGCCUUCUUCAUCGGGCUUUCAGUGUCUUUUUGUUUAAUUCUUCCGGUGAACUUCUGGUGCAUCGUCGUUCAGAUGCCAAGAUCACAUUUCCAGGUCAUUAUACAAAUACCUGCUGUUCCCACCCACUCCACAUCCCUCGAGAAACUAUUGAAGAAAAUGCCUGGGGCAUCAGAAAUGCUGCUCAGAGACGCCUAGAAUUUGAGCUAGGAAUCCCACCAGAUCAGGCCAAGCCAGAAGCCUUUACAUACCUUACUAGGAUUCAUUAUGCAAGUCCAUCAGAUGGAAUGUGGGGAGAACAUGAGAUGGACUACAUUUUAUUUCUAAAAGGAGAUGUAUCACUUCAUCCAAAUGAGAACGAGGUGCAAGAUGUGAGAUAUGUGAAGCGAGAGAACUUUGAUAACUUUUUAUGUGGACUUCGGGAAAGUAGGAUUCCCCUUACUCCAUGGUUCCACCUUAUUGCACAAAAGUUUCUACCACUGUGGUGGAAGAACUUGGACAACCUCGACAAGUAUACAGAUCAUCACCAAAUACAUCGUAUGUUAGAUUAAGUUUUUAUUAAUUGGUCAUACAUUAUAUGAAUCACUGCAAUUAAAACAUUGAUCACUAAAUCAAAAAAAGUU